AUGACAAGUACAACUUCUGUACAAUUCACAGUAGGGAAACUUGAUGCCGGAAUGGCCAUCUUGUUGACCGAGGACCAUCACCUCAUAGAGUUUCCUUCAUUGUUAUUGCCACCUGGUGUCGCUUCGGGCAGUAUAGUAAAUAUUGCAGUAAAUAGAAACUACGAACAGGAAGAAGCAAAAAGGAAAGAGUUUUUGGAAUUACAAGAUUCGAUUCUAAAUGAAUUCGGGAGAAAUCCACCAGAGGCACCAAAAUUACACGUAAAACACAUUACACAGACAUCAGUAAUAUUGGAAUGGACUCCACUGGUACUACAUCGAGCAAAAUUGAAGUCCUUGGAUAUUUACAAAAACGCAGUGAAAUUAAGUCAACAUGUUCCUCCGGGAAUCAAUUUUAUCAAAUUAAGUGGCCUCGAAAUGGACACAGAAUACGACUUUCACAUCACCAUCAAAACAACAGCCGGAUCAUUCGUCUCGAAUAAAAUUCGCGUUCGAACGCACACGCUGGAAAAUCUUACCGGGAUUGUUGUUUGUUUCGGGGCAUUCUCGGAAAGUGAUGACGGCAUACCAAAGAAAGAUGAAUUAAAGGAGAUUCUGAAAAGAAUUGGCGCGAGGUGGAGUGACCAUGUUGGUCCGGAUACAACUCAUUUACUUUGUAAUGUUCAAGGUGGUCCGGAGUAUAGUCGAGCUUUGGAAAGUAGUAUACCUAUCGUGAAGCCUGAAUGGUUAGUUACUACCGAGAAAAUGGAAAAAAUGCAGGCUGCGUUACCGUAUUAUCUUGUAAAUGACGGGGAUACCACCAUUAAUGAAAAGAAUUCUGAAAAAUAA